GCAGACACAGAGAAAGAAAGGGUCUGAGAUUAUUUUUUCUUUUUUCUUAAAUGAGUCAUCGAUCAAAUAAGAGACACAUCAACAUGCCUUCAACAAGUAGUCAUGGUGCGACCAAUUCUACUCUUCAACCUUCAGUACCUGCCUUAACUCCAGCUCAAAUGUAUUCUAAUUUUGAAGAAUGGAUCAAACUGUGCACAGAUAAUAAAGUAAAUGCAAGCAACACUUGGACAUUUGCCUUGAUUGAUUAUUUUCAUGAAAUGACCUUUCUUCGUGACGGAGACACCAUCAACUUUCAAAAGGCCUCUUGUACCUUGGACGGGUGUGUCAAGAUUUACACGUCACGUGUAGACUCUGUAGCGACAGAGACAGGCAAACUAUUGAGUGGUCUUGCUGAUAGCUCACACGAUAACGAAGAUGAAGAACGUAAGGAAAGAAAAGUUCGACGAAAGACGCAAAAGUCAGAUGCAAGUUUGGUAAAGGAUUUUAGUUCAAUUUCACUCAAAAAGUUCGAUUUGGAUUUUGCAGUUGAUCCCUUAUUCAAAAAGACAUCAGCUGAUUUUGAUGAAGGAGGAGCCAGAGGAUUGUUAUUGAAUCAUUUGGGCAUUGAUCGUCACUGUAAGAUUAUUUUUGAUGCUUCGGAUUCAACAGUGGACUGCGAUACGGAAGACGAACAAGACGAAGAAGAAGAAGAGAAAGAAGAUGAAAUAGAGGAUCCCAUGGACGAAGAUAAAGAAGAUGAAAAUAGAGAAGAGGAUGGUGUAGAUAAUAGCGCAGAGAAUAAUCCAAAUGAUAAUUCAAAUAAUGCAGAUAAUAGUAGCUCAGAAAUCAAAGUUCAAUUGCCAGACAGGUCUCACAUGACAGAGAUCUCCCGGUUAAAGUGUAAAUUACCGAGUUUGGAACUUCUCGAGGAGUUACACAUUGUACCUUCUCUCAAGGGAUUUGAUUUUUUCAAUGACGAUCUAGAAAUACCUGAAUUGCACAGUGAUACAGAAGAUCCAUUUGAAGACCAACAACCAGAAGAAGGAAAUGACUUUUUGAACUUUGAUGAUUACGACAUCGAUUAUAAUAACAAUGAUAAUAUGGACCCCUUCUUAUUAAGUACAGGAUUAGAGGACGAUAAUAUUGGAAAUGACGACCCAGAGCUAGAUGAAGGCGAAAGAGGAUUCCCCGAGAAGGAUUACCUGAGCGCCUUACUCAAUAAUGAAAAUCAAGACCUGUUUAACUAUUUCGACAACACACUUGUCAAGAACUGGGCAGGACCUGAGCAUUGGAAGCUACGAAAGGCGCCGACGACGACUACAACGACGACAAAUGAAAAAAGAGCGAUUACGGAUAUACAAGGAGAAGGAGGAGAAGACAGACCCAAGAAGAAGAGACAAGAGCAAUUGAUUGAUUUUACUGCGUCUGAUGAAGAUGAAAAUGAGAACAUCAUAUUUGAACAAACAAACAAGAAGCUUACAUUACCUACAUCCAUGAUGAAUAACUCAUCUAAACAUCUUUUACCAGACGAUAUCCAUUUUUCAUCAAAACAACUUCUUCAAUACUUUUUGAAACCCAUGUUUCCUAUUAAUGCAAACAAGAAAAAGAAUAUCGAUGCUACAGUCCCUCAAAAGACGUCAGAAGAACCCGAUGCGAACUUUUGGGCAGAGCAGAUGCAAAGUUUCGGAGACUAUGAUGUUGAAUAUGAUAACGAUGUUCCAGCAGAUAUGACGGAUAAUCCUGAACCAACUAUAUUGAGUGCUAUAGAAGAUUCAUCUUUUUUCUAUCAAGACGACUACUUACCUGAUAGUCAAUAUGAGGAUACGCCCGAGAUUUAUGGCGAUACGUUGAUUGCCAAUCAUAUAAGAAAAACAGCUAAACCACUUUAUGUAAAUUAUGCAAGACAGGCAAAGAGAGUUGAUGUGAAAAAAUUAAAGGAUAAUUUAUGGAAGGCUUUAACUAACAAUACGGAAAGAGUGAAUGGAACACAAAAGUUUACAGAUGUAGUAAAUGAUUUGAAAAAGAUGUAUUCACCCAAAGUCAUGAAAGAUAUCUCCGUGCCAUUCUGUUUUAUAUGCUUACUUCAUCUAGCCAACGAAAAGGAUCUGGUCAUCAUGGGUCAUAAUCAAGACGACGAUUUCGUGCUGGGUGACGAUAUUUUAAAUGAAGUUACCAUUUGUCAAAGCGCCGUAUCUCAUGAAUAAAUAAAUAAAUUUCACCAAACAUUUGGAAUCAACAUUAUAAAUGACACCUUGCUUAUUUCAUGUCAGCUUUAUUCUAUUGGUCCGAUAAUUUAUAUCUAGGACAAUGACAUCCCAAUUCAAACUCAGAAGCCUCUAAAACAAAAGAUGUGAUCACUGAACAGGAUGGCGCAAUACUAUGGUGUUUCUUAGCAACAAGUUGUCAUGUUACAUAAACCAAAAAGCUUAAUAAUAUUUAAAUAAAC